AGUAUUUAUAGCUUGUGUAGCAGGGGUACAGAUCUUCCCACGGGGAAUUCUUGUAUGAGCACGGUCACUUUCCCAAUAUAUCCUUCCCUCAACCCGGGCACUGCGACGACACAGCCAUAACACUGCUCAGAGUUUCACUGUGUUAAGAAGGUUUUAUGUUAAUGACCGGCACCAUGAUGCGAAUUACGGCUCCUGUAGAUACAGAGAUCGACCUCGGGGAUGACAGCAACAGCGAGGACAGCGAGGGAAAGCAGCCGUGGAAGACACAGCUGGAGACGGUCAUAGAGGAAGAAGAAACAGAGGAAGAGGACGACCUGGUCUCGACGCAGAGUGACACGAGGCCUCUGAUCAAUGAGAGAGACCCACGACAGAUGAACGAAUGCCUCAAGGUGAGCUUUGAGGAUGUGAUAGCCGAGCCGUUUUCUGUGCGCAGUGGAGACCGGGUGUGGUUCUGGAGUAACGCACUCUUCGAGGUGUCCCGGGUUUGGUUCUAUCGCAUCAGCACCGCGGUGCUCGCCAUCCCCUUCUCUGUCGUUGCUGGAGUUCUCUUUGCUUUCCUCACCUGCCUUCACAUCUGGCUUCUCACGCCAUGUGUUAAGGUGAUCUUCAUGAACACCGGUCGGCUAGAGAUGCUAUGGAGCAGCCUUCUGGACAUCUUCGUCCUCCCUGUCUACCACAGCGUCUCCAAGUGCUGCAGAAGCGUCAGCGUGCACUUCACGCGUGAAUGACAAUCUCUGUCCUGGAACCAUUUAUAUCUUAACAGGAGCUCCCAGAGAAGAGACACAUUCACCAGAAGUGUGGUAGUGAUGGGACUCUUACAAGGAAUAACCAGAUAGGACUGGGGUCAGCGGCGUGUUGGGGAAAAAUACAUAAUAUACUGUAUACUCAGCAUCAGGACAAGAAAAUGUCACGAUCAUCCCGUACCUAUAUCAGUUAUAUCCGAAAGCAUCGUCCGAUCCCACAGUGCACUGCAGAAGGAUGCUGUCCACAGGGCUGGUUCUAUUAGUGAUGUAGAACUUCAUAAUAAUUUAUAUUUAUGGUGGUGGUGAAGCACGUGUUAUUUUUGUCCCACUGUACAUACAAGUCUAAAACCUGAAAGACUUUCUAACAUUUUAGAUUGUUGAACAGAUUCAAGACAUAGUGAAAGAGAAUGAAGCUUUGCUCAUGAUGGCAAGUAAGGUAAUUACAUCUGCAUGGACUACUUUUUGUGUAUUUUUUUACCAAUUCAGAUUUCAAAAACUACAUGCUAUAACCAUAUAAAUACCGGCUGUCAUUUUUAUAUCUUUUUUGUAUUGCUGUACGUUUCAUAAUCUGUAUAAUGUUACAGAAAGCGAGGAAAGGUUUAUCCAUGCGUUUCAUUGUCUUACAUUCAAAUUGGGGCCGCGACACGUUUUAUCCCGUCUAUUGAACUAAAUGAAGCACCUUUUGUUUGAAAAAAAAAAUGCUAAUUAUUCUGCACUAUUCCAGGCCUGAUUAUUCGUAGCACACCAUUUUUAUGCAAAUGUGUGGCUAUUGAGCCGGGAGAGCUGGUCCUGUGGGUGGAUGUUGUAUGAUGCCUCCAUUUUUCUGCUGAUCUGAGGACAGUUUUGACAGUAUGAUAAUGAGGCGAGGCUUGAACAUGAGAACAAAAAGGAACAACAUCAAAAUAAGGCUCGUUUUAGGGACACGACGUUCUCCAUAACCCUGAACAGAAUGACCGCGGUCAUGUACGACACGUCUCGAGCUUCUGAUCGACACCCUCUAGUGUCGGGAAGAAGGAACUCCAUGUGAGACAAACUUUUGUUGUAAAAAACCCAAAACUUUUUGUGACACAAAACCUUAAUCUAUAAAAACCCACCUUUCAAAACCUGUUGUUCAGCCAGUUGUAUGAAAUAGAGAAUCCAAUUUCGGAUCCAAUUUCCAAACCUCUCUCUCUCUCUCUCUCUGUCUGGGGUAUGGUCUACAUGCAUGGCAUUUGGAAAUGACCAUCAAGCAUCUAUAUUUAAUCACAGUUCCUUUGGGAUGUUGUGUAGUUGCCUGGCAAAGAAACACACGAGUCAGAUUCGAAAUUAGACAGAGCUACACCCACCGGGAAACUUCUCUAUACAAGUGGCAACAAAAGUUGAUGGUUAAACACUCGGUUCACAGGAGGUAAAUCCUGAGUUCGUGUCAUCAGCAUUUUACAACAGAAAUAAUGUUUGCUACAGAAAGACAAAACGUUGUUAUUUUGUCAAGCUCGUUAAAAUGAAGUAGGACGUCAGUCCAGAGACGACAUGGUGAGAUCUCACACGCAAACAAACCAUGAUAUCCACAAAACUAAGUGUCAAAAUGAAAUGAGCAGUAACAAAAUAUUAGAUCUUGCAAAACAACUUAUACUAUUAGGCCAAUAGUUCCAGAGUUUGCUGUCCAAAUGAUCUGAUCUGUAAAACAUCCACCCACCACUGCUAAAUACACCUAUAUGCUUUCACGACGCCUGCAUUUCCAAACACAUAGUUUUUUUUUUUUUAUUAAACAAAUGGAUACUUGUGCAGUAAAGUUCACAUGAGACUUGAAGACUUUGAGAUUUGGUACAUUGUGAAGAUCAAUGUGAAAGUGCAUAGACAACAAAAUAUUUAAUCUUUUCACAAUCUGUAUGAGGAAAAAUGACUGCACAAUAAACAAGUCUGAUGCAUAUAAAUCAGGUUUUAAACAAAAAUAUUAAAACUCAUGCUGAGAAACCCUUAAGAGACAAGGAAUAUGAGAAAUGUUUCCUCGAGUCUUUCCAUGCAGAACACUAACCUGGCUCUCUGUACCUUUAUAGUUGCAUUAUGUACAAGGAUAAAAGCGAUAAAAAAAACUGAUCCUAGAUCAGCAUUCUCGCUCGUUAAGCACCAGACUGUAAGAGAGCCAGUGUAGAAAGCUGUACAAAGCACCGGCUAUGAUGCAGGGAGUGAGUUUACACUGCUUUACACUACGGCAAACACCAUAUAAAGUGGUACAAAUGGUUAAGAAACGCUGAUCAUUUGUGUCACAGCUUCUUCUCCGACUGGGGCCUGCUCUGCUUCAUCCUGUCAAACAGAGAGAGAGAGAGAGAGAGAAAGAGAGAGAGAGAGAGAGAGAGAGAGAGAGAGAGAGAGAGAGAGAGAGAGAGAGAGAGAGAGAGGAAGAGGAGGAGCGAUGAAGGCAAUUACAAUCAACUUGACAUCGAAUUGAUAUACAAUACAAUCAGCUGGACAUUUUACGUAUCACAUACACACAUUACACUGACUGAUGAUAAAGUCACAGCAUUUAUGUACAAAUAAAAAAAUGCAUCUGUUAAUGAAUCUAUUCAUAUCAAUUUAGUAAAUGUCAUUAAAACUACACAUUUUUUACUAUAAUAAAUAUAGUACAAUAAGUAAAUUUUAUAAAAUUUAUUAAAAACAAGAAGAAAAGAAAACUCAAAAUACGUGUUUAUUUGCGAAUAAAAAAAAAAAGGAACCGAAGAAAACAGUACAUGAAAACAGCAGGAAUAUAAAUGUGACAAAACAGUUUGUUUUAUACAACAUUGAUUUCUGAAACAUUUCAACAGUUAAAUAUCUUCUGACAAACAAUUAAGCGACGACGUAGAGCUCAGAAAGCAGCAGGGAUACAGAUACAGACAAGCCAGGCAGACGGCACACACAAAAAUAAACACGUUACGGUGAAUGCAAAAUAAUAUAAAAUGUUCCUGAAGCACAAUGAAGCUUGAAUGAGGAACGUGCAAGUUUAUUGUAAAUAAUCCCAAAUCAUAAGGAUGAAAUUUAUAAUACUGACUUUACUGAGAUUAAGUGAAGUCAGAAUAAAAUCCAGUAUAAUGUCUAAAGUCUAUCAGCUAAAGAACUUGCACUAUUAAUAUCGGGGCAAAAAAUAAGGACAGGUUUAAAAUGUGUUUGCUGCAUACGGCUGUAUAUGAAGCAGUUCAACAGAACUCAGUGUUUAGUUUCGGCUGAAACGGUGACUAUAAGUGCUGAAAAUAUUUACAGUGUAUUUAUUGUAUUUAUUCAUUGCAAAAUUAAUCAAGCAAAUGAAUAUAUUUGCUUGCAUAAAUUACAGCCCUUCUUAUCUAAGUAGGAGAACAUCACGGCAUCACGUUCGGUCACUGCUCAGAUCCAACCGAAUGCAUAAAAGCAGUUAUUCACAAACUAGGAUAUGAGAUGUCCCACAGCCGCUUCGGCGCAGUUUGUUUUGUUGUACAGUAACGGCAUCAAGUCAUGGUCUUAGCAAUAAAAAACAAAAGAUGCAUGCAUAAAAAAAGCAUUAAAGCAUUAAAACACCCCCCCGCCCCCCACACACACACACACACAAAC